GGACAUAUGCCUCCCAUCAGUGAUAUUGGCACACCAGAAAGCCCAGUUACCAAGCUGUUGGCCCUUGGAGGAGAACACGAAAAUGCGGUAGGACAGGGCUGGCAAAAAGAAUGGGGAAAUAAGCGCUGCCUACUUUUAGGAAAAUGUUAUAUGACCCAUCUUGCAUUAAUUGUGGGAAGAGAUGACUUUCUUUACUUUUGUGGGGCCUUCAGAUACAGCUCUUGCUCCCUGAAUCCUUCUGGAUUGCAUGGGUGAUUGUCUUGAAUGUCAUAUGGAAGAGGUUAUUGAUGACAUAAUCAAUAUGGAAUCAAGUUUUAAUGAUGAAGGGAUAGGUUGCUCUGAAGCUCCUCUGCUAAUGCAAAGAACUCUAUCUAGUAGCAUUUUGGAUAUAUAUAGCAGUGACCAGGGAAUGGCACCAGCUAACAUGGGUCUCACAAACGCUUCUUGCCCAGCUACUUUACCUGUGAAAAGGGAACUCACAGAAGCAGAUACACGAGCAAUGGCAAAGGAGAGACAAAAAAAGGAUAACCACAAUCUCAUUGAGAGAAGAAGGAGGUAUAAUAUCAAUUACCGAAUCAAGGAGCUUGGCACACUCAUCCCCAAGUCUAAUGAUCCUGAUAUGCGCUGGAACAAAGGAACUAUUUUAAAAGCAUCAGUGGAGUACAUCAAGUGGCUACAAAAAGAACAACAGAGAGCCAGAGAAUUAGAACACAGGCAGAAGAAAUUAGAGCAUGCUAACAGAAGACUUCUGCUUCGAAUUCAGGAACUAGAGAUACAGGCUCGUGCACAUGGUCUUCCUGUCAUGUCUUCGCUCAGUGCUGUAGAUCUAGCUGCCCAGGUCAUCAAGCAACAGUCUUACCCAGAGGAGAAUGCUGUGGACUACUCUCAACAAGUAUCUCUAGCCCAUGGACCAAAUUCUGAUGUUUGUGAUGGAUCAACAGCUUUUUCUGAUCCACUUUCACAUUUCACAGAUUUGUCCUUCAGUGCAGCUUUAAAAGAAGAGCAAAGGCUAGAGGAAAUUUUACUGGAUGACACAGUAUCACCAUUUGGAACAGAUCCUCUCUUGUCUUCCACGUCACCAGCUGCAUCGAAAGAGAGUAGCAGGAGAAGCAGCUUUAGUACAGAUGAUGGAGAUGAUUUAUAAGAGCAGAAAGGGCCUCGUAAUUCUUUAACCACUUGCAAAAAGACAGAGUUGAAUGUAAGCAUGAUGUUUGCGCUUAUUUCAAAUAUGAAUAUGGAGAACCACUGUAAAGAUAAGUUACUACGUGGCAAGGGUUUAAACAAGCCCUUACCUCACAGGAAAAUGAGAUGCAUAUGAAGUCAUAUCACUCUACCCUGAAUGCACAACAAUUUACUCAUAGCUGACAUUUGCACAAGUUUUUCUUUACUGGGAACAUUUUUUUACUGUCUUUCUCUGUUUUUUUUUUUAAACAGCAGUAUGAAAAUUGACGAUGGUUACCCCCCCAAAAAUACACACAUUACAGAAGUGCAUUCAAACCCUAUUCAGUCUGCAUUCACUUAUCUCUGCUCUUUCAUGAGGUUUAGGUAUCUACUAAUUUCUUCUUUUAUAAAUAAAAUGAGAAGUUUGUAUUGAAAGUUCUAAAAGCAUGUAAAACAAUAGGGAAAUAUUUAAACUGUGAAGUAUAUAGGAGACAGCUAUUGGAGUCUGGAAAAAAUGGACAGUAAUGCUUUUGUACGCGUGAAGUGAGCAUGAAUUUAACACUGUAUAGACUUCUCUUUAAAAGAAAACUAAAAAUCUAUUAAGUGUUUCAUGGAAUCCUGUUUUUACUUUCAUUUAUAGAAGAAGAUCAGACUUUUAAUGUAUAUUUUAAUGAUACAGAAGAAAAAUGGAAGCUGACAUAAUGAUGGAGACUCAAAAGAACCCAUCAAACAGAAAAAGAUAUAACAUUGCAGCCAAAAGUGUUCAGAAAGACCCUAUGGAUGUACAAGACUCAGCAAAGAUACUCUGUGUUACAAUUAACACAAUUUAAAAGAAUCGCUACUGGUAAUAGUGCUAUGUCAGCUGCUUAUUGCACGAGUAUUCAAGCCAUGUCUUUAUUCUAUGGAAGUGAUCAGAAUUCAGAGAUGAGAUAGUAUGCUCCCUGAUUACUUCAGUUUGCUUUGGCAGCAUAAUAAGGUUUUUUUCUAAAGGGACUGUUCCUAAUCCCUACCUACGCCUUUGAUCCUUUUGGAAAUGGAGGGAAAUUAAAAGAUUCCCAUUACACAUGUAGAGACAGGGAGAAUUUAACUUCAAAUUUGGCUUUGGAUUCACUACAGAAAAGCUGAAGAGGUAAACUUCUCAAAUCAAAGGGGAUAUUCCUAAGUGCUGAUAUUAUGCACUGAUUUCCAGAACUGGCCUGCUAGGAGUGGGCAUUCACAAAAUGUGCACUGAUGACUCAGUAAAGGCUUGGCAGCUAGAGGGCAGCUAGAAGACAUACCAUUUCUGUACACAGUGAAAUUUUGGAGAGUGAUGUAUGUUCUUGGAGUAUUUUAAGUGCAAUCAUUUUAAGUGUGCCAGCUUAUUUUCCCGUGUGUUAAUAUCACAAGUUCUUCAUAGCUCUUCCUCAUUCAGAGCCAGAAGUUGGGAGUUCUCUAACAAUUCAACAUAUGUUUCAAAAGUGUGUAUUAAGCUUUGCUGCCACGGAGCCUGCCCCACUCUCUGGAAAUGUUGCGUAAUUGGGAACAGCAAGAAGAGGCUAAGGUGGAUUGUGAAUGAGUGAACUGAGUGAAUGUUUUAAAUGUGUUUAAACAUAAUACCCAUGAAUAGAGCAUUCAUCUAGCAGUUUCCUCAUUUUGCUUCUUUUAUUAUUGGCUCUCCAAGUGGGCUGUCUAAAAUGACUAGUUCUUGUGAGAUCUGUGUUCUUCCGAGGCCGUUAACCAUUCCUAAAUAAUCCAGAUAGUGUCAUGGUAGUUUCUUAAUUGCAAGGUUAGCAAUGAGAUGAUAAAUUACCUCUAGCUGGCUAUGAAAGAUGAUGGAGUAUCCAAUUUAACAAGAAUAGUUGUGUUUUUAGGAAACUCAGGCAGUUGUGUUAGCCUAUGCAAACUGCUUAGAUGCAAGCUGAACAGAGUAGGCCCUAUCUUCUUGUUAGAUAUGUGUUCCCACAUAGCCUAGUACAGACCUCUUCCUCGACAAAGGCUCAGGUGUGCUUCCACUGUAUGGUUAAAAAACAGGAAUAGCAACCAGCAGGGUUCUGGUCAUUCUCAUCUUUUUUCGGAAUAGAGGAAAGACAAAUGCAUAUCAACCAAAAGUAACUGAACAUAGGAGAGAACAGCAUUUUAAUUGGAGUGCUUCUAUAAAUUAAGUUCGUUAGGAAAAGAAAUCACUUUGUCAUAGCUUUGCCAAAGACUAGCUAAUAUUGAAAGCUGAAUACAAAAUACGGUGGCUUAAAAGUAACGUUUAUUCUCACAUUAUGCCUAGUGUAGGAUGUGUAUUGUCCAUUUCAGCUGAUGAAAGCAGAAGAUGCUUAGUUGAUAUCGAAUGCCAUUUGUCCUUGUACUGCAGUUUCUACUACAUUAGUUUUAAAUACACCAAUGUGAAUUGCUCAUAAUGGAGAAAAAGAAAUUAAAUAUGAAUGUAUUACAUGAUUUUCCCAUUGAACUUUUACAUGGGAGUUAGACCAUACUUCUGAACUGUAUUGACUUUAAAUAACAUCCUGAAUUUCAUCACUUUUAUAAGCACUGUUCUAAAAAAACAUUAUAGCACAUCCAUUAAAUUUUUUAAAGUUGAUUUUUCAUUCUUCUGACAAUUGUUUCAGUUUGAAGCAAACUUUUUCUUUUCCUGCAUGAGAAACCUAGCAGGAGAGAGCAACUGCUCCUUUUGCAAGAUAUCAUAUUUUGUCUAUCACUAAACCUGUUCAGGCUGUCUUUAUUCCCCUCCACCCCGAAACACUAAGUGUAUCUGUGCCUGCAGGUGUAUAUUAUGAUAAUGUUGUUUCACUGUCAUCACGUCUUUUUCCAGUAGGAAGUUGUUUAUUUAGUAUCUUUAUUAGCAACUAUAGUUUGUGUUAUAGUAUUACCCUUGAAAUUAGAUGGUGAUACAGGACACCAAAGAUGCAGUCUGUAUAUGCUCUUAAUAAUCUAGGAUAUUCAGGAGAUGAAUAGGUGGUACGGAAGAUAUAUAUGAGUGUUGACAACCCUGCUCCAAACUUUCUGGAAUAAGCACUCCCUCUCCCAACUCAGAUUUAGUGAGACUGCUGUAAAACUUGGAGGAGCACUUAGAGCAGGGCAGAGCUCAGUGCCUUCAGGCUUGCGGAGAUGCACAGAGGAGAGGGAUUUCAUGACUGCAGGGACAAAUCCUGAUGUCCUUACUCAGGCAGAACUACUUUAGUGACCAGAGGAUUUUUACAGGACUAAAGUCUGGUGCAUGCAAAACACAUUUUCAGUUAUUUCCUAUAUGGAUCUGUUUAAUGCAAUCUCAUGGAAGAGCCGCAUAAUAUAUCUAUGGCUCUGGGUCUGGAGAAGAAUUUAUACUUGCACACUUUGACCUCAAGCAGGGGAAAGGGUGAGGGAGACUGACUUUUUUUUUUUUUCAAAAUGUACUAAAUUAGGAAUUUUUGCUUGUUUUCAGUAGCAGCUAUUCAAAACUAAUGAACACAUUCUUACAGAAUACACAAACCAGUGGACUGAUAAUUAUACAAAAAAGAAAGGGAGCUGAAAUAUUAACAUCUUGUUUAAUUCCUGAAAUGGAUAUAUAUACUAUACUAAGAGCAGAAAACUAAAUUUUUCACUGCAUAUAGUUGAAAAGCUACAGUAAGUGCAAACAGUUUUAACAGGAAAGCAGUUGCUUUAUAUAGUAAAAUAACUAAAUAUAAUUCAGUCAUUUAAUCUUAAUAAGAACAUUGUUAUUGUAAUACCUUUUGACUUUAAUAGGGCUGUAUAUAUGAAUGGAGGAUGUAAAAUUAUUGUAAUUUAAAAUUAUGUUAAGUCUCUUAGAUGAGUAAAGGCAUUUACAUUACUAUUAUGAGACUGUAGAAUAUUUUUAUAAUAAUUGCUAUUUUUCAUUGUUAACCAUAUAUUGUUAACCAUCUUGUUUUCUAAGUCAGCGUACGCAGACAGAAUGUACUUUAUUACACACUGUACAUGCAAUCUUUUUAAAAUUACAUUUUAUACAUGCUGGUAUUUUAUGUUUAUUAUAUGAAUACAAUUAAAGGACUGAAAUUAAAA